CCACUCGCUGUCGCUGAAGCGGUCAGCCCCUCUCUCUCUCUCUCUCUCUCUCUUCUUCUUCUUCUUCCUCAUCGCAUAUAAAUAUUUCUCCACCACGCGGGCAUCGUGUUGCAUCGUCACCCCGAGAUAACCUCUCCCCCCGUUUCUUGCUUCCUUCUUCCCGGCUUUUUCUAUUGCUCUAAUAUACAACACGCCUGCUUCCUCCUGGUGUCAGUGCACCCAUAACUACCAAGAAUUGGAGCUCUCUCUCUCUCUCUGCGUCUCAAUAAGGAGCAGGAGAAGCACAGACCGUGUAGCUAGCUUAGCUUCCGAGGAUUGAGUUUGGAGGUUUGUAACUCGAGGAUCGGAGCGAUACCUUGUGAGGAUUUGGAGCAGAGGCAGGAGCUAGGAGAAGCGUCCGGAACGGAAGGGGAAAGCGAAAACAACCAGAGAAAAAAAAAAAGAGGCAUCCAGCUUGAUCGGUAGCGCUGGUUGGAUACGAGUGAUGUUCUGGGGCCUUGUCGGGUCAUGGCAAUCUCAGACGCCAGAGUGGUUCGCCAUGUGCGGUGUCCCAAAUGCUUCAGUCUUCUUCAGGAGCCCAUUGGGGCGCCGGUGUACCAAUGCGGUGGAUGCGGCACUAAUCUCCGAGCGAAAACCCGCACCGGCAGCUCACAAGAGGUGAUCAGUGCUCCCUCCUCUUUGGAGAGUGGCCUGCCCCCUCCGAGCAAACACCUGGGCUCCAGUGAUGUUGCAAGCACCAGUGGAUCAACUCCUGAAGCUCCAAUCACCACGAGGCAGCAAGGAGCUGACAUGACAAGCCGAUGCGAGACCAGUGAUCUCGCGUCGGCGAGGAGCAAUGCUCCCGAGCAAGUGCUGCCAGCUGAGGAGGAGGAGGAGGAGCAUGUUCAGAGUACCAGUCAGGAAGCUGUUGGCCAUUCUGAAGAUUUCACAGUAGGAGAUACAGCUCGUGCACAGUGCAGUGAUAGAGCAUCUGACAGCAUGGCGCACUUAUCAGAGGGAAGAAAGCACGGUAGCACCACGAAUCUUGAAGAUGUUGAGCAGAGGAGCAGAGAUGGCCAAGCUGAACCUGAGGUUGCAGGCGAGAAAAAUUCAGAGGAAACAGCGUCACAGAGUGUCGAGGUUACACCAAGUUCAGCUCAAGCCGCAGAUUCCCAGCCUGCACCGGCCGUGUUGAACCGGGAAGAUGAUGCGGCGGCUGCUGCGGAUGAGAGGAAGACGACGACGACGAGGAGUCCUCCCCAUGGCCACGAAAGCUUGGCGCCACUUCAGAAGAAGAUCUUGAAGACGGUGGAUAACCUGAAAGAUGACCUCUCUGAACUUUUCAGAAAAUCUCCUGAACUCAACAAGCCAAGGACGCGCGCGCGCCCUCCUCGUCUUCCCAGGCAAGAAGGCUACGCUCCUCGCGACGCGGCCAUGGCGGCAACGAGCCUCGCUGCCAUCAGAGCGCGUCACGCUGCUGUCCACCGUCCCGGCUACAUUGCUCGUGCGGGCAAGCCCGGUCAGCUUGCUGCUCCACCUCCACGUGGCCGUGGCUUGCCGUCGUGGCGGUACCGCCGGUGCAGGGCUGAUCAUCCGUGCUGCCACGACGCGCACCAUGUGCCGUCGUGCCAUCACGGCUGCUGCCACCACCAUGGCAAGCAAGCGUGCACCAGCUGCCGGGGACAACAUUGCUGCGGGCCGAGAACGCAAGAACCUCCUACGCCGCGGAAGCCACCGGCGGCAAAGGAGGUGAAGCGGAGGGCGCCACCCAGGAACCUUUGCCGGCCGGUGCUGAAGGGCGCGCCGUUCAUCAUCUGCUCCAGCUGCUUCAAGCUGGUUCAGGUGCCCGCCGACUUCGCCGUCUCGACCAAGACGGUGCGCAAGCUGCAGUGCGGCUCCUGCUCCGCCGUCCUCUGCUACUCCUACCGGGACCCGGACAGGAAGAAGCACGGCGAUCAGUACAGCACCGACGGCUCACAGGCGGCACGACGCCACCCGCGGCGAGACCCGUUCGCGUUCAUGGACGACUUCGGUCACGUCGACGUCAGCUACUCCACGGAGGACGAGCAGCCACUGCACGUGUCGAGGAACUCGUCGUUCAACAGCAUCGACGACGAGGCACCCAACGCGACUGCGGCGACGCAGCAGCAGCAGCAGCAGCAGCAGAGCUCCAGCCUGCACCGGCUGAUGGGGUACGGCUCGGCGAGCGACCUGCUGUUCCGGCAGCGCUCCCCCGACCUCUACGAGAGCUUCUCGGAGAGGACGACGCCUGAAGCCGCCGCGCUGUAUGACCGGAAAGGGAAAGGCGUGUGCGUCGACUUCGACGACGACGGCGACGAUGACUCAGACGAGGAUUGCAAUGGCGCGCUGAAGAGGUCGAGGGUGAGAGGGUCGGGGUGGCCAUUGCCGGGGAUACUCAACAAGGCGAUGCCUGGAAUGGGAGCCAUCAGGAUCAAGUGAUAAUCCAAUGAUCCAAUCCAAUGUGUGGUAGAGAUAGUGAGAUAGAAUGAUAGAUUCAGGUGCUGGAAUUUUGAUAGCAUUUUCAGUCGUCAGAAUUCUGAUGAUAGGUAUAGUGAAUUUUAUUCACAUUCAUUUAGGUUGGCUGUGUAUUGGUGCAUCAACAUGUUGUUUGUUUGUUCAUUUUCGGGGUGUAAUGGCGCCGCAUUUAAAUGUAAAUACUCAUGGUUGUGGUGAUAAGCAAUUUUGUGGAAAAACUUAGAGAGCACAAAAAUAUAUGUGGUUACAUAUCUAGUAAAACAUCUUAUAAUAUGUAACUAGGAGUAUCUUUUAAUUUGAAC